UGUUGAAUCAAGCAUCCAGCUAUAGUAUUAAACAUGACUGCACAACGACGAGGAGUCAGUAAAAAUCCGGAAAGUAGCGCCAUUGAAAAGAAAAUUAAGAGGGGAAAUGCGCAGAGACAGGCCUCUUCUUGGAAAGGGAAUGUGCCUUCACUGUUGCUGCUGUUUGGAGCCACUGGACUAGUGAGCUGGCUGUAUUUCACAUGGUCUGAUGACUUGACACACACAUUGGUUUCCAGAGGUGAAGUCCUCACUCAGCCCAGAGUGUUCCCAGUCGAGUGCUCUGAAGACUACAAGAGGUACAAGCACUUUCCAGGUUGCACUCCAGCAAAAUGCGGCAGAGCCAUUUCAGACAGUGUUGUGACUUUGGAGGAGACGCAGAAACUUAGAAGAUUGGCUGAGCGAGGUUUAUCACUUGGUGGAUCAGAUGGUGGUGCCUCCAUCCUGGACCUUCACUCUGGGGCGCUCUCUAUGGGAAAGCAGUUUGUGAAUAUCUAUAGAUAUUUUAAGAAUGAGAUUAAGGAGGUUUUUACCAAAGAAGAUUUUGAACUGUACAGUGAUGUCCGUGGCCGAAUUCAAAAGGCAAUAUCAGAGACGUUUGGUCUGGACUCCAAACAGAUGUACCUCACCAAGCCCACCUUCUUCUCUCGCAUCAACAGCACCUCUGCCAAAACCACUCAUGAUGAGUACUGGCACCCUCAUAUAGAUAAGGAGACUUACGGAUCCUUUGACUACACAUCUUUGCUUUACUUGUCUGAUUAUGGGUUGGAUUUUGGUGGCGGACGGUUUGUGUUCAUGGACCCCAACAGCAAUAGAACGGUGGAGCCACGUGCUGGUCGGGUCUCCUUCUUCUCAUCCGGUUCUGAGAACCUCCAUCAUGUGGAGAAGGUUGCUUGGGGCACACGAUAUGCCAUCACGGUGUCCUUCACAUGUGACCCUGAUUUUGCCAUUGAUAACCCCUCAUUGCCGUAGGAUCCACCUGGUUUAAAGGGACGGAUGAGUGACAGGAACCCUGGGGCAAACACAGAGAAAAAUGAUGAAACACCACUUCCAUCUGUCAGGUUUACAGCAUUAAAAAACCCUCUUAUUUUCCUUUUAGAAAAAUGUUUAGGUUUUUCUGUGCUCAAAAGGGUUUUGUCUCCCUUUAUGCUUUGAAUUUAAGAGGAGUUUUGUAUUUUCAGGAGAUUUACUUGAAUUGCUGUCAUUUGAAGCCAAGCAUCUUCUGGGUUUGAUUUUGGCUUCAGAAGGUGCUUCUUUACUAUUAAGUCUUCUCUUUCCUGGUUGUGCUGCACGCUUUA